GAAGAUGGUAGUGCUAUUUCUCUGAGGAAAAGGAUAAUUAUACUGAAGACAACAUUGAUGGGAAGGGGUGGAAAAGAUUCAUCAAGGCAGCUAAAGGAGAUACUAUAAGACAAAUGAAUAGAUAGGUGAAGGGAUCAGAGCCCUUAGUAGCUUACUCUUCAUUGUGACCCCUACUGCCUAUCCCUAUUAUGACCCAACCCUACCCCUUCAGGAACUACAUCUCCCUCCACACGGGAAUCCUGGCUUCCUAGCUCUUGGCAUGUGUGAGCUGUGGGCAGGGCCCGGGGUGGGGCCAGGUAACCCCGGGACCCCCCACCAUGGCUGAGCAGAUGCACUCUGGCCACAGGCCUGCAAGAAAUCUUGAUCCUGUAGACUUGAUCCUUCUACUCCUAAGCCUCAUCAUCCUGCUUAACCUUGGAAUCAAUGUGAUAAUUCUGAUCUGGCGCAGUCUCACGAGGUCCCUACAGGGAACAUUUGAUUUCUUUCAACCUAAAGGUAAGAAGCCUCAGCUUUCCAUUAAGAAGCCAACAGAGGUCCCAACUCUGUGCAUCCACUGCACCUUGGACCCCGUGGCUCUAAAUGUGGCCCACCCUGUAUCCAACCGACAUCGCGCUCACCGUCAGCACUUAGGAAGUUGCCGUGGCUGGGGAAGCCAACGGGAAAGCCGCCAUAGCCGCCGACACCGUGGCCGCCAACGCCAUCUUCAGUACCAUCACCACCCUCGAUCACCUUUCCCUUCUCCUUCACCUGCAAUCUCACCCACUUCCUUCUGUCACCAAGAAACCUGGGACACAGACUUAGAAGACAAUAACCAACAGUCCAACUACCAGCAAAGGUGGGACACAACUUCUCAUCCUGGAAACGUCAGGCAUUACAGGGGAUACUGGAGCAGUUAUUGUCCGAGGGGACCAAAUCCCUGUCCUCAAGACCUGAGGGCUCCCAAAAGGGUGGAAGCAAAGUCUGAGUUGAGACUAGAGACUUAUUUUCAGGCAUCUCCAAACAGCUGGCCUCAGAAUCUAAAAGAGAACAUGGAACCUGGCCCAAUCCCCGGCUCCCCACAAUUCACACACAGGUUCCCUCCCAACCCAUCUUGGAUGCCUGGUACCCACAACCCCGUUCCUCCAAGUGGCCAGAUUUUUUAUGAUGGCUGGGAGCUGAGACAAAGAUUCCGAGAUGGGAACAAGGGGGCUGAUGUCCCCAAAACUCCCCAGUCUGCACCUCGAAGCUCUGAGCCCCAUAGCUAUGCUGAGAACGUUGUACCCAGACAGUCUGUGCGACGUACCACAGUGCCCCUCAUCUCAGCGCACAUCCCUCUGAAUCGGACCCACGUCUCAGCAGGACAUUUGCCCUUCAGCAGCCGGGAAAGGCCAGAGAUAAAACGAUAUGAUGGAGAGCACAGAGAGCCACUGCCCCCCCGGACUUCAAUGGGCUCAUCCCCCUCUUUCAACAGACUCCCCAACCAUGAGACAAAAAACUACUAUGGCUCUACCCCAAAUGAAAACCUGAUACCUGAGGUCUCCCAGCCCUUGUCCUAUAUCUCAGUAUGUGUGCCAGCCAGAGUUCCAGCCCCUGACCAUGCACCUGCACCUGCCUUCAUCCCCCUUAGGAGAAGCCCAGGGGGCCUCACCAACUACCACGUGUAUGAUAGCCAGGAGCUGAAGCGGCAAAUUCAGGAAGGACAUGGGCGUCGAGGUGAGGCCUUUUCCUACUCCCCUGACACACCCUGCAUGGGUCCUUCCUCAUCUUGGCACUCUCUACACAGAAAAAAGGCUGGGAGGCUGAAUUGAAAACCUUGAGGACAGCUGAUCCAUGUAAGAAGAGACACUGUCAGAGAUGGAGUGGGAAAUAAAGAGGCCAACAGGGAUUGCAUGCUUCCGUCUUGGGUAGGGAAGGUUCAAAGACCCUGGCUAGGAAGUCUGCUCUGGUGCCAUUUGAAAGCCUCCCUCCGAAUAUUGUUCCAUCACUUUUGGAAAAAAUACCAGAAACAAUGCCACUCAACAUGCAUCUGCUGUACCAUGGACCCCAAGAGCCUAACUCCCCGGGGCUCUCCCCACACCCAUCAGCAUCAAACCUGCCUGAUGGGUCCUUCUCACAGCCCGGAAUGGGCCCCAGACACAGAUGAUGACAAGGUCUCACAGUGCCGAAGGCUGCCGCCCCAGUGUGGCCACUCUCGAGACCCAGUGAUCUCCCAUGGACCAUGGAGGCAGGGGAAAGGAUUGAUGCCCAAAGCAGGAAAGUUUUCCCAUUCUCAGUCUUCUGGAGCUAGUACCACCCCACUGCUUCACCAUGAGACCUUUUUCUACCUUGGCCAAAAGCCUCAAAGCUCAAGGAACAGUGAGGAUGCAGAGUCCCAAUCUGCCAGAGAUAUUCAGAAGCCAAGCCAGGUUUUCCUCUCUCCCCUCCCUAUUCUUCAUCCCCAAGAUGCCCAUGUGGUAUAUGAUGCCAGGAAGAUGAAAGGCCCAAAUUGCCAGGUGGGAGGAUUUGUGGAAGCUUUGUCCCUUUCCACACGGAAAGGCUCCCUACAAGAGCUCAGUGAAAGGGGCCAAAAUCUCAUCUCCCAGACCCUGGAGAGGCCCUCCAAUCUGCCCACUUUCCCUGUUGACCACUCUGUGGAGUAUAUAGAGUAUAAGAAGCAGACAGUCAGCUUUCCUGAAGGAAGGAACCAGGGCACGCUCUCCUGCAAAUCCAAGUCCCACACUGAUAAAGGUCAUUCUGAAAGGAAGAUGCUACUUCCCCCAAAUUCUGUCUGUUUACAGCCAUCUGACUACCCCACUUGUCCCAGCAGUAGUUCUACCCCUUCCCAGUCACCCUGUCCUUCUGAAAUCCCGUUACCUGACCAGAUUGCAUUGCACCAACAGCAGCCUUCAAAGGUUCUUAUAGAACCUCUCGAAGUUUCAAAGGGUGAGAUGGCUUGUGGUAUACAGAAACUACCAGAGGUCUCCACUUUCACUCAGACCCAUUACCCCCAAGGAUGGAAUCAAAAUUGGGUGUACAAGUCUCUGGAAAUGUCCACGCAGAAUCGGCCAUCCUUCCAUCAGAUGCCUCCAAGCAAGGGAUCUGGUUUGGAGACAGGUCAUGUGGUCUUUGAUGCCAGGCAGCUCAGACUAAACAAGGAAUAUGCCAGAGACUAUGCCCUCAGGACCUCCUGUGGCCCUAAAACCCUCUCUGACUGUCCCAGGGAAAGGCAGAGGGAAGACUUGGAAUACUGGUCCAUGACAAAGACUUGGGGGAAAGCUCGGCAAUAAAGGGACAGGUAUAAAAAGGAAAAAGAAUUGCAUGGUGGUAUUCAGGGUCCAGUCCAGU